ACUUCCUAGUCACCCAACUGCCAACAAACGAAGAGUAAAAUCACAACAUCCGCUGAGAGAGAGACGAGACAUUAUUCUGCACUAUUUUACGUCUUUAAAAUGACCAAACUGCAGCUGUUGAAUGCUUACCUGACAGAACGUUUAACGGUAGUGGUGCGGGAGAUUCUGGACGUGGUCGGGGACACAGUGGCCGAGUACCGAGAAGAGACGGCUAGGACGAAGAGAGAGAAUGAAAGCGCGAAGAGACAAAAUGAAAGCCUGCGGCGACAGCUCCGGGACAUCCUACUCUUGGCGGAGACAGACUGGCGAUCCAACAGCCUUUCUCUCUCUGGGCAGCAGCAGCUCUGCGAGCAAGAGUGGAGCUCCAGUCAUGAACAUGACCCAGAGCCCCUGCAGCAGAGACAGGUCAACAGACGAGGGCUACAGAGCCAGGUAGCGUUGGGUAAGGAUGGGGGUCUCACAGGACCAAACCAGGGACACACUGAAACAGUCAGAGUAGAAGAGAAGCCCAGUCCAGGGGAGGCAAUCCCAAAGACCGAGCACAACUCAGACCCAGAACCCAAGAGUUUUGGAAACACCUCGUCCUUGGCCCCAUCUCCGUUCUCCUCCAAUGCCAACUGUGCCACAACAACUGGAGCAGCCAACGCUGAAAUGCCAGUCCUUAGGACAGAGGGAAAGACGUCCUCUCCCAUCGACCCAAUCCAGGGACGGAUCAAAAUGGAACCCAAGGAAUGUGACGUCACAGUGAACCUCACCAACCAUGAACCUCAAUCCAGUUCAGACUACACAGGUCGUCCUAUAACACUACUACCCCACAACCAUGAACUCUCAGGCGACACUGGCUUCAAAGACCUUCCAGAUAUGGAUAUCUCAGAGCUCCAUAACACACCCGUACAUGACCAGCAAACGUGUGAAACAGAGCCUGGGCCCAAGGACGGGGUGUUGCCAUACAACGAGAGUAACAACUUCAUCCCCACCGACCACCAGGAGGGACGCCCACACCGCUGCACCCGCUGUCGGGAGAGUUUCAGCCAGGCGGCCAGCCUCCACCUCCACCUCCAGUACAAGAAGCCCUAUGCCUGUGACUGGUGCUGUAAGUCCUUCGCCCAGUCGGCUGACCUGCGGCGCCACCACCGCAUCCACACGGGGGAGAGGCCCCACCGCUGCUCCUGGUGCUCCAAAAGCUUUACCCAGAGAGGCAACCUGAGGCGGCACCUGAGGAUCCACACCGGUGAGAGACCCUACAGCUGCCCCUACUGCCACAGGACCUUCAGCGACGGAGACACCAUGAAGAAGCACAAACGGACUCACUCUGGGGAGAAACCCUAUCGCUGUGUCCAGUGUCCCAAGAGCUUCACUGUGGCCAGCGGCCUGCGGGUACACCUGAACACACACCUUACAGAAGCAGGGCAGCUCAUCACAUGAGGAGGUCAAUGUGCUAACUAAUCAGCUACUACUGAAUCGGCUGCACCAUUUCAAACACAGGACGACAUGAAGGGAUUGUGAAACGUUGAAGUGUUUUAGCCAUAGGAAUAUUUCCUACAUGUAUUUAUUGGGAUUAAUAAAAACAGUGCAGUAGAAAACAAAUGGAUAAUGUCAUCGUGGCUGAUGUUUCCAGCUUGAUUGAAGAGUGUGUGUGUGUGUCUGUGAAAAAUGAAUUCAAUCAGUCCAUCAUUUAAUUAUUAAAAUCACAUUUCUGAUUCUGUAUUUCUUUUAUAUUAAAGUUGAACCAUCUUUCAGGUUGUUUAUUUCCAAAAGGAAGAUACCAGAUGCUUGACUCACGUUACCUUCACUCAAUAUAUUUAUUAAUAUACUCUGUAAUAAGGCUGCAAACCUAACGUAUUUAAGUGGAAAAUCCCGUUAAUAAAAUUCUUUCCUCCCCUU